CAAAACUUUCAGUUUGUCUGCGGAGGAAACGGAGGCGCCGUCCAGGCAGGGGAGGGCAGGGAAGGGAAGGGAACCCCGGACCCCGACUGGGCUGGAGAGAGGCGACACCCACCCACCCACCGCCGACACCUCAACCGUCCGGCAACCGAGCAAAAGCCGCGAAGAGGAUCGCCAAAGGGGGCGGCCAAGGGAAAAGGAGAGGAGAAGAAGAAGAAGGGGAACCGGAGUGGCUUCGGAUUAACAGGAGGCGGGAAUAGGAUUCUCAAAGCAGACGUGGGGUGGUUUUUUGGGGGCAAGCCCAGCUGGUGCAUCUCGCGGCCACCGCCUGGGGGAGGAGGGCUCCUCACCUGUCCUGCCUUACCUGGAGCCCCCUUGGGUGGGUGGGGGGUGCAAGAGGAGGAGAGGAAGAGGAGGAGGAAGGCAGCCCCCCAAAAUGAGCCAGCAUGUCUGAUAAAAUGUCCAGCUUCCUCUACAUCGGCGAUGUGGUCUCGCUUUACGCCGAGGGCUCGGUCAACGGCUUCAUCAGCACCUUGGGGCUCGUGGAUGACAGGUGUGUGGUUCAUCCGGAAGCAGGCGAUCUUUGCAAUCCUCCCAAAAAAUUCCGAGAUUGCCUUUUCAAAGUAUGUCCCAUGAAUCGAUAUUCUGCACAGAAACAAUACUGGAAAGCCAAACAAGCCAAACAGGGUAACCACACUGAAGCAGCCCUGUUAAAGAAAUUACAACAUGCAGCUGAACUGGAACAGAAGCAGAACGAAUGUGAGAACCGGAAGUUGCUGGGGGAGAUUGUGAAAUACAGCAACGUGAUCCAGCUGCUUCAUAUCAAGAGCAACAAAUAUCUCACCGUCAAUAAGAGAUUGCCAGCCCUGUUGGAAAAGAAUGCCAUGCGUGUCUCUUUGGAUACGGCCGGGAACGAAGGCUCUUGGUUCUACAUCCAGCCUUUUUGGAAACUGCGAAGCGAAGGGGACAACAUUCUUGUCGGGGAUAAAGUUGUCCUGAUGCCGGUUAAUGCAGGGCAACCUCUACACGCCAGCAACAUAGAGCUCUUGGAUAAUCCAGGAUGCAAGGAGGUCAAUGCAGUGAAUUGCAACACCAGUUGGAAAAUCACCUUGUUCAUGAAAUUUAGUUGCUACAGAGAAGACGUACUUAAAGGGGGAGAUGUUGUCCGGUUGUUCCAUGCUGAACAGGAGAAGUUUCUGACUUGCGAUGAAUACCAGCAGAAGCAACACAUUUUCCUCCGCACAACUUUGAGGCAGUCAGCCACUUCGGCAACGAGUUCAAAAGCCCUGUGGGAAAUAGAGGUGGUGCAUCACGACCCUUGUCGCGGUGGUGCCGGACAGUGGAACAGCCUGUUCAGAUUUAAACACCUGGCGACCGGAAACUAUUUGGCUGCUGAACUUAAUCCUCAUUAUCCAGAUGUCUGCAAUGGGGAAAAGAUUCUGCAGAAAGACAACGAUCUUCUAACUUUGAAGAAGAAACGACAGGCAGGAGAGAAGAUUAUGUACACCCUCGUCUCUGUUCCUCAUGGAAAUGACAUUGCCUCUCUUUUUGAACUGGACGCAACCACCUUGCAACGGGCUGACUGUCUGGUUCCAAGGAAUUCAUAUGUUCGGCUGAGGCAUCUUUGCACCAACACUUGGGUGACCAGCACUAGCAUCCCAAUCGACAAAGAUGAAGAAAGGCCGGUAAUGUUAAAGAUUGGAACCUGUCAGACGAAGGAAGACAAAGAAGCCUUUGCCAUUGUGUCUGUUCCUUUGUCGGAGGUCAGAGACUUGGAUUUUGCAAAUGAUGCCAACAAGGUUUUAGCAUCGAUAGUCAAAAAUUUGGAGAGCGGUUCGGUAACUCAAAAUGAAAGGAGGUUUGUCACUAAGCUCCUGGAAGACCUCAUUUUCUUCGUGGCCGAUGUGCACAACAACGGACAAGAGGUUUUGGAUGUGGUGGUGAUUAGACCCAAUCGGGAGAGGCAGAAAUUAAUGAGGGAACAAAAUAUAUUGGAACAGAUUUUUGGAAUAUUGAAAACCCCAUUUAAAGAGAAGGCUGGUGAGGGAGCCAUGUUGAGAUUGGAGGACUUGGGAGACCAGAGAUACGCCCCCUACAAAUACAUGCUUAGACUUUGCUACAGAAUCCUCCGUCAUUCUCAACAGGACUAUCGAAAAAACCAGGAAUACAUUGCUACCAAUUUCUGCAUCAUGCAGUCCCAAAUUGGCUAUGAUAUCUUGGCAGAAGAUACGAUCACAGCUUUGUUGCACAACAACAGGAAGCUGCUGGAGAAACAUAUCACAGCUAAAGAAAUCGAGACCUUUGUGAGUUUACUCAGGAGGAAUCGAGAGCCAAGGUUCUUGGAUUAUCUCUCCGACCUGUGUGUUUCCAACACGGCUGCCAUUCCAGUCACUCAGGAACUCAUUUGUAAAUACAUGCUGAGUCCCGGAAAUGCCGACAUCCUCAUUCAGACCAAGUUGGUUUCCAUGCAAAUGGACAACCCCUUGAAUUGCUCCUCCCUUGCGGACGAUAUGGAAGAAGAAGAGGUGUGGCUGUACUGGAUAGACAGUAAUAAGGAGCCCCAUGGGAAGGCCAUCCGCCAUCUUGCUCAGGAAGCGAAGGAGGGCACCAAAACUGAUUUGGAGGUCCUGACCUACUACAGGUAUCAACUCAAUCUCUUUGCAAGGAUGUGUUUGGACCGCCAGUAUUUGGCUAUAAAUCAAAUUUCCACCCAGUUGUCGGUGGAUUUAAUCUUACGGUGCAUGUCAGAUGAAAGCCUGCCUUAUGAACUGCGAGCAUCGUUUUGUCGCUUAAUGCUACACAUGCACGUCGACAGAGAUCCUCAAGAGACGGGGGUUCCCGUGAAGUACGCCAGGCUGUGGACAGAAAUUCCUACCAAGAUUACGAUCCAUGAGUACGACUCCUUCACCGAUUCAUCCCGAAAUGACAUGAAGAGGAAGUUCGCCUUCACGAUGGAAUUUGUCGAAGAUUAUUUGAAAGAAGUUGUCAAUCAGCCUUUCCCUUUUGGAGACAAGGAGAAGAACAAGCUGACAUUUGAGGUGGUGCACCUGGCUCGCAAUCUCAUAUACUUUGGUUUUUAUAGUUUCAGUGAACUUCUCAGGCUGACCAGAACGCUAUUGGCUAUCCUUGAUAUUGUACAAGUGCCCAUGUCUACCUACUUUGAAAGAUUAAGCAAAUUUCAGGAUGGAGGAAACAAUGUGAUGAGAACCAUUCAUGGUGUGGGCGAGAUGAUGACUCAAAUGGUCCUCAGCAGAGGUUCUAUCUUUCCUGCCUCUUUGCCUGAUAUUCCCCCAAGCGUCCACCGAAGCAAGCCAGCUAACCUGGUGGACAGUGAGGAUAUCACUGUGAUGGAUACCAAGUUAAAAAUUAUCGAGAUUUUACAGUUUAUUCUUAGCGUUCGCCUGGACUACCGGAUAUCCUACAUGCUCUCUAUUUACAAGAAGGAAUUUGGGGAGAACAACGAAAAUGUUGACAAUUCCACAAUGUCUCCCCCCGACUCACCAGCUCUCAGCUCAGCGGCUGUUCCUGAUAUAGAUGAAAUUGCUGCAGAAGCAGAAACCAUGUUUGCUGGCAGGAAGGAAAAGAACGCCGUACAACUGGACGAUGAAGGGGGCAGGACGUUUUUGCGAGUUCUGAUUCACCUUAUAAUGCACGAUUACCCUCCUCUGCUCUCGGGAGCCCUGCAGCUCUUGUUUAAACACUUCAGUCAGCGAGCAGAAGUGCUGCAAGCAUUUAAGCAGGUCCAAUUGCUGGUGUCUAACCAAGACGUGGACAGUUACAAGCAAAUUAAAAGUGACCUUGACCAACUAAGACUGACCGUAGAAAAAUCAGAACUUUGGGUCCAAAAAACCAGUAAUUAUGAAAAUGGAGUAUUGGGUGAAAAUCAAACAAAAGGAAGUGAUGAACCAAUCGAAGAUUCAAACAUGUUGAGUCCAGUCCAAGAUGGCAGUAAGAAACCUCAGAUUGAUACCAACAAGAGUAACAACUAUAAUAUAGUUAUGGAGAUUUUGAUCCGGUUACGAGGGCUCUGCAUUCAAAACAAGAAAUGUCGGAAUCAGCAGCAGCGCUUGCUUAAAAAUAUGGGAGCCCACAGUGUCGUGCUGGAUCUCCUUCAAAUACCCUACGAAAAGACUGAUCAAAAGAUGAAUGAAAUUAUGACCUUAGCUCACCUGUUCCUUCAGAACUUCUGUCGUGGAAAUCCCCAGAAUCAGAUCCUUCUACAUAAACACCUCAACCUGUUCUUAACCCCUGGGCUUCUUGAGGCCGAAACCCUGAGGCACAUAUUCACCAACAAUUACCAUCUGUGCAAUGAAAUUAGCGAGCGGGCAGUGCAGCAUUUUGUCCACUGCAUCGAGACGCACGGCCGCCAUGUUGAAUAUCUGCGUUUUUUGCACACCAUUGUCAAAGCCGAUGGUAAAUACGUCAAGAAAUGUCAGGACAUGGUUAUGACAGAGCUGAUCAACGGUGGGGAAGAUGUCCUGGUGUUCUACAACGACAGAGCCUCCUUCCCAACCCUCCUUCACAUGAUGUGCUCUGAGCGAGACCGAGUAGAUGAGAGCGGGCCUUUGGUGUAUCACAUCACCCUGGUGGAACUGCUGGCAGCCUGCACCGAGGGCAAAAACGUCUACACGGAGAUCAAAUGUAACUCUCUCCUUCCCUUGGAUGACAUCGUGCGAGUGGUGACGCAUGACGACUGCAUACCCGAGAUCAAGAUUGCGUAUGUCAACUUUGUCAAUCACUGCUAUGUGGACACCGAAGUGGAAAUGAAGGAAAUUUACACCAGUAACCAUAUCUGGAAGCUGUUUGAGAAUUUUCUGGUUGACAUGGCAAGGGUUUGUAACUCCAGUACAGACAGAAAACAUGCCGAUUUAUCUCUCGAAAAAUAUGUCACCGAACCAGUCAUGAGUAUCAUAAGUGGCUUUUUCAGUUCUCCGUUUUCAGACAACAGCACAAGCCUCCAGACACAUCAGCCGGUCUUCAUCCAGCUGCUACAAUCUGCUUUCAGAAUUUACAACUGUACUUGGCCAAGUCCAGCCCAGAAGUCUUCCGUGGAAUCUUGCAUCAAAACAUUGGCCGAAGUUGCCAAGAACCGUGGCAUUGCGAUCCCAGUGGACCUGGAUAGCCAAGUGAACACGCUCUUCAUGAAGAGCCACACCAACAUGAUCCAAAGAGCAGCCAUGGGCUGGCGGAUGUCCGCUAGGAGCGGCCCCCGCUUUAAAGAGCCCCUCGGAGGACCUUCCUGGGAUUACAGGAACAUCAUUGAGAAACUCCAGGACGUGGUGGCCUCCUUGGAAGAGCAGUUCAAUCCUAUGAUGCAAGCUGAAUUUUCGGUGUUGGUGGAUGUCUUACGGAGCCCUGAACUUCUCUUCCCCGAAGGGAGUGAGGCUAGGAUUAGAUGUGGAGCCUUCAUGUCCAAGUUGAUCAACCAUACAAAACGGCUAAUGGAGAAGGAAGAAAAACUUUGCAUCAAAAUCCUCCAGACUUUGCGGGAAAUGCUCGACCAGAAAGAUAGCUUUGUUGAAGAGGGGAGCAACCUGAGGAAAAUACUUCUCAACCGCUAUUUUAAAGGAGACUAUGGAGGGAACAUCAACGGUCCACUGUCUGGCAGCUAUGGCAAACCCCUGCAAAGUGGAGGCACCUUCUCAGGACAAGAUGUGGACAAGUCUGGGGCAUCCAUGCAUGACAUUCAGUGUCUCUUGGACAAAGAAGGGGCUUCAGAACUGGUCACCGAUGUCAUCGUUAGCACCAAAAACGACCGGAUCUUCUCGGAGGCCAUCUUGCUUGGCAUUGCGUUGCUGGAAGGAGGAAAUACCCAAAUCCAGUAUUCCUUUUAUCAACAAUUAAACGAGCGGAAAAAGUCCGAAAAGUUUUUUAAAGUUUUGUACGAUCGGAUGAAAACGGCCCAACUGGAAAUUCGCUCCACGGUGACGGUGAACACGAUUGAUCUGAGCAGCAAAAAGAAAGAUGAGGAAAGCGACGUGACUGUGUCAGCUCCAAAGAAGAGAGUUAGAGAUUCCAACCUCUACCUGAAGGAAAGCAUGAAAGGACAACUGGCGGAAGCCUCCACUGCAACGUCCAAAGCUUACUGUGUGUACCGCAGAGAGAUGGACCCAGAAACAGACCUCAUGGGUCCAGGAUCAGAGGCGGGAUGUGCAGAUGAAAAAUCGUCUGAAGAAAUGACCAUGAGUCCAGCCAUUGUGAUCAUGCAACCCAUUUUGAGGUUUCUCCAAUUGUUAUGUGAGAAUCACAAUCGAGAACUUCAGAACUUUUUAAGAAACCAGAACAACAAGAGCAACUACAACCUAGUUUGCGAGACACUUCAGUUUUUGGAUUGUAUUUGCGGAAGUACCACUGGCGGGCUAGGCCUUCUGGGCCUAUACAUCAAAGAAAAAAAUGUAGCUUUGGUAAAUCAAACCCUUGAAAGUUUGACUGAGUACUGCCAAGGACCCUGCCAUGAAAAUCAGACUUGUAUAGCCACCCAUGAAUCCAAUGGCAUCGACAUCAUCAUUGCGCUGAUCCUAAAUGAUAUCAAUCCCCUUGGAAAAUAUCGGAUGGACCUAGUGCUACAGUUGAAGAAUAAUGCCUCGAAGCUUUUGCUGGCUAUCAUGGAAAGCAGGCAUGACAGCGAAAAUGCAGAACGAGUCCUUUUCAACAUGAGACCAAAAGAGCUGGUGGACGUCAUGAAGAAUGCGUACAACCAGGGCCUUGAUAGUGACCAAGAAGAGGAGAAUGGAGAUGAGGAUAUCUCACCAAAAGAUGUUGGGCAUAAUAUCUACAUAUUAGCUCACCAGUUGUCCCGUCAUAACAAAGUAUUACAACACAUGCUGAAACCUGGGGCAGAUCCAGAAGAAGGAGAUGAAGCUUUGAAGUAUUACGCCAACCACACUGCCCAAAUUGAGAUUGUCCGUCACGACAGAACCAUGGAGCAAAUAGUAUUUCCCGUGCCAAACGUUUGUGAAUUCCUCACUCAUGAAUCAAAAUGCCGGGUGUUCAAUACCACAGAAAGAGAUGAGCAAGGGAGCAAAGUCAACGACUUUUUUCAACAGACCGAGGAUCUGUAUAAUGAAAUGAAAUGGCAGAGGAAAAUUAGGAAUAAUCCGGCAUUAUUUUGGUUCUCUCGACAAAUUUCUCUCUGGGGAAGCAUAUCUUUCAAUCUGGCUGUUUUCAUCAAUCUAGCAGUGGCCCUUUUCUACCCGUUUGGAGAUGAUGGUGAUGAAGGCACACUUUCUCCAUUAUUUUCCAUUCUCCUCUGGAUCGCUGUGGCCGUUUGUACCUCUCUGCUUUUCUUUUUCCCAAAACCGGUUGGAAUCCGCCCAUUUUUGGUCUCUGUUAUGCUCAGGUCUAUAUAUACGAUGGGUCUUGGGCCCACGUUGAUCCUUCUGGGUGCCGCUAAUGUAAGUAUUUAAAAAAUCAUCCCGGGAUUCAUAUAUAUAUAUAUCUAUAUAAUCAAUUAUCUCUUGUUCCGUAUUGAUUUAGCACAGUGGGGAAAUUGAACCAGCCGCUGAGGCAAAUAAUCCGUGUAUGUCUGAAGCCUCAUUAAUUCCAGUUUAAGUCAAGUGAAGGGCAGAUAUGUUUGCAUGAUAAAGACAUAUCAAAGUUGACUUUCCUUCCAAAAUUCCACCUCUUCGCUUUGCCUACAAACUAUCCCCAUAUACAGGUUGUAAGUGGUACACUUUCCACUUAUCUAGGUUGAUAUUAUGGCUGCAUGUAGUCCUUGGCUUACAACUAUUCUUUUAGUGACU